AGUCUCAGCCAACAGUUCAAACAAUGAGCUAUAUGAUUCUAGCAAUUUGAACUGGUCAGAAUACUUUGAGCUAGAUGCAAGACUAUCUAUGCUGAUACAGCAAGUAUUGAAUCGGUGGAAAUACAUAGCAUCCAACUUACCUUCAUCGGCAACGACGUUAGAACAACUGCUUCUGAAAGAGUCUGAUUAUAAAAAAGGCUUUGUAAAGUCAGAAUUUGACUUACUCGACCUAACCGCUCAAAUUAACGGUUUAGAAGCCAAAAUCCAGUCUCUCACACGGGAUCACAACAAGCUCAAUGCUCUACCUCAGAUUAUACCCAUCUUGACAUCUGAAAUGGAGACUUAUUUGGAAAAUAUGAAAGUCACCAGUUUGAAACUACAGAAUUUAGAAACAGAGACGAUACGUCCAACCAUUCAUAAACUAACCGAUCUAAGCAUCGCAGCACCCAUCAAGAGGAAGUACUAUGAGAGUGAAUUACGGCUCAUGUAUGACUUAAUAGACUCUUUGGAUCAAAUAUACAAAGUCUCAUUGAAACAGCGAUCCAUUCAACAGAUUAUCUUUUACUUGAACGAAAGGGCGCAAUCGACAACACAUAGCACAAUCCAUAAUUUGCAAAAUUGCUUGCAGGAACUUCGAAAAGAAACAGACCUCAUAGCAGGCUUAAAAGAUGGAGCAAUAAAGCGGCAAGCAAGCAACGACAAUCCAACGGCAUUGCUAUUGCUGACACAAAAGCUGGAAGUGAUACUGGCAGAUGUGCUCUACAAAAAAAGUGAUGCAGAUGCACCGUUAUCCAUGGUUGAAAAAAUUGAUUCAGUUGUCGAACAUAAAGCACAGCUCGAAAAAGGAUGGGAGGAUGAGUUGCAAAAUGCUUUGGAUAUAUCGACUGAACUGUAAGCAAAAAAUGAAACUUUAUGGGUAUAGAAAAGUUAUUCUUUCUCUGGCUUCUUAUCGUUAUCUUUUUAAUCAGGGAAGGGUUGGCGAUACGAUUUAAAGAAUCGAUACAAGUGCCCAAUAAUGAGCUUACGCUAAACAACAAUGCAACGUCAGCGUAUAGCAAUCUGUAUUCAGAAUUUGAAUCAAAAACUAAGCGGUUAAACUCUACUAUAACCAAUUUACAACAGGUAAAACAUAAGCGCACCUGAAGGGUUUACGGUACAAUUUUUAAAUGUUGAUUUUUUUCUUA